CUCACAUGGUACAUGAGCUACUAUACAUCUUGCAUAUAUUGGGAGUGUCGCUGCAUGCAGCUACACAGAUGUCAGAUAAGAAGUUUCCAUGCCCCUAUUUCUGCGGUGAAAUCUUCCUGUGAGCAACCUACAAAACCGUAAACCCUACUUUCAACCUUACCAUCUUCUGAGUUUGUAGAGAUCGUUGUACGUACGUCGGCUUGUCGCCGGCCGUCGACAUGACCGGCGGCGGCAGCGGCGGCGCCGGGGCGUGCGCGGUGUGCAAGCACCAGCGGCGCAAGUGCGAGCCCAACUGCGAGCUGGCCGCCUACUUCCCGGCGAACAGGAUGAACGACUUCCGCGCGCUGCACCUCGUCUUCGGGGUGGCCAACCUCACCAAGCUCAUCAAGGCCAACGCCACCGAGGCGGCGCGCCGCCGCGCCGCCGAGACGCUCACCUGGGAGGCGCGGUGGCGGGAGCGCGACCCCUCCGAGGGGUGCUACCGCGAGGUCUCCUGCCUCCGCCGCGACAACGCCGCCCUGCGCGCCGAGAACGCCGCGCUCCGCCGCCAGGCCGACCAGUGCGCGUGCUGCGCCGGCGCCGCCGGCGUCAGGCACGCCUCGUCGCCGACGACGCUGCAGCACCAGCUGCUGCUGGUCUCGGCGUACAACGGCGCCACCGCCGCCAGGCCUGGCAAUGUUGUGCCGCACAACGCCACCGUCGUGCCGGGCGGCUUCGUCGCCGCCGCCGCCGGCGUCCGCGGUGCCAACGGCAAUGGAGCCAUGUCGUCCGUGCGGCCGCCGCCUCAUCACGUGCAAGCUCCGGCGACGCAGACCGUGACCGGCUUCGUCGCGCACGCGCAGGACGACCGAUACCGCGCCGUGUCUGUCUGCCCGCCGGCGGCGAACGCCGCCGCCGUGCCGAGGUCCGGCGCAGCUGUGAGAGGUCAGGGUGACUACAGGGACAAGAUCAGCGACGCCGCGAGGUAAGCUGAAAGAGCUUCUCUCUUUCUUUUGUUGACGGUUCAGGGUUUGUACGGGUGGAUGUAUUGGCUUCGUCUGCGUUGUGUUUUGCAACUGCAGGUGAUGCUGGCAGCAAAUGGCCAGGAGUGGGUCAAAUUAGAAUAUAAUACACCUUCUUGAGUUCUUGUACGUUCAUCAGCUUCAGAGAUGAGUUUCAUGCUAGUAGCAGCGUUGCCAGAAAAGCUCUAGCAAUAAUAUGCUGCAAAAGUACUAAUUAAGGUCUAGGAACCAGCUAAAAGCUCAAGCAAUAAUAUGCAUGAACAUAUCCCUUUGAUGUAUGGUUCUCAGACAAAUAAUGCUAUCAUCUCACAGAAGAAAUGAAUAUAAUCAUUUCGGUUACUCCUU